GGUUUCGCGAGAUCCGGACGCGCCUCUCUGUCGACAUGGCAGCCGCCAGCGGAGUGCUUCCUCAGGUCCCCGAGCCCCGGGCCGCCGUCUUCAGGACCUUCUCCAAACCCCGCCCGGCCCACGCGAGGCGGCAAGCAGCAGCCACCAAAAGAAAAUGCCAGGCAUCCAGCGAGGCUCCCCCAGCGAAACGGAGGAGCAAAGCCUCUUUUCUCCCAGCCAAGAAAACUGCCGCGAAAGAAACUCGCAGGACCCUGAAGGGGAAGGCGCAGAGGACGUUUUCUCCCAAGAAGCCCUCAGCCGGCGCGAGGGACGGAGACCAGGAGCAGAAGCCGGGCGCCAAGACUUCAUCGCUGUUCAAAAAUAACCCUGAGAUCCCGGAACUCCCCAGACCUGUAGUAAAGCAGGUGCAAGAGAAGGUGUUCACUUCAGAUGCUUUUCAAGCUCUGGACCUCCACCCACAUCUCAUUUCCACGAUAAAUACAGUCUUAAAAAUGUCUAGUAUGACCAGCGUUCAGAAGCAGAGCAUCCCCGUGUUGCUGGAAGGCAGAGAUGCCCUCGUGCGAUCCCAGACGGGCUCAGGUAAAACUCUUGCCUAUUGCAUCCCUGUGGUCCAGUCUCUUCAAGCAAUGCAAUCCAAAAUACAGCGUGGUGAUGGCCCCUACGCUCUGAUACUAGUGCCAACAAGAGAGCUGGCUCUGCAAAGCUUUGAUACUGUCCAGAAACUGCUUAAGCCGUUUACCUGGAUUGUGCCUGGAGUGUUAAUGGGAGGAGAGAAGAGAAAAUCAGAAAAGGCCAGGCUCCGAAAAGGAAUAAAUAUCCUUAUCUCCACUCCUGGGCGCCUGGUGGAUCAUAUAAAAUCCACCAAGAACAUCCAUUUCCGUCAGAUCCGUUGGCUGAUUCUGGAUGAAGCAGACAGAAUCUUGGAUUUGGGUUUUGAAAAGGACCUCACAGUGAUCCUCAACGCUGUGAAUGCUGAGUGCCAGGAACGACAGAACGUCUUGCUGUCGGCAACGCUCACGGAAGGUGUAGCUCGGCUAGCUGACAUCAGUUUACACGACCCUGUCAGCAUCUCCGUCCUGGAUGAGAGCCACGACGUGUCGAGCCCAGAGAGCGAGGCCUUUCUCGAAGCUUCUCCUCCACAGGCGACUGACGAGCUGGACAGCUUCGCCAUCCCAGCCGGUCUCGAGCAGCAUGUGGUGGUGGUCCCCAGCAAGCUGAGACUCGUCUGCCUGGCGGCCUUCAUCCUGCAGAAGUGCAAGUUUGAGAGAGACCAGAAGGUGAUCGUCUUCUUCUCGAGUUGCGAGCUGGUGGAGUUCCACUACACCCUCUUCCUCCAGACCCUGCUGAGCGACUCAGGGGCCCUGGCCCCAGAGCGUUUGCCAGCCACCUCCACGCCGUUAAAAUUCCUGCGGCUGCACAGCGCCCUGGAGCAAGAGGAAAGAACAGCAGUGUUUCAAGAUUUCACGCAUUCCAAAACAGGCAUUCUUUUUUGCACGGAUAUUGCGGCUCGGGGCUUGGAUCUCCCUCAAGUCACAUGGAUUGUCCAGUACAAUGCUCCGUCUUCACCUGCCGAGUACAUCCACCGGGUCGGAAGGACGGCCCGGAUUGGCUGCCAUGGGAGCAGCCUGCUCGUCUUGGCUCCUUCGGAGGCAGAAUAUGUCAACUCGUUGGCUUCUCACAAAAUCAACGUUUCUGAGAUGAAGAUGGAAGACAUUUUGUCUGUUCUGACAAAGGAUGAUUGUUUCAAAGGGAGACGAGGGGGAGGCCAGAAAUCCCGCGCCACUGGCCCCCAGGAAAUCCAAGAACGAGCCACGGUCUUGCAGACGGUGUUUGAAGAUUAUGUGCACUCCAGUGAGGAGACAGUCUCCAGGGCCAAGAAAGCCCUGCAGUCCUUCAUCCGGGCCUACGCUACCUACCCCCGGGAGCUGAAGCAUAUCUUCCACAUCCGACUGCUCCACCUCGGGCACAUGGCUAAGAGCUUUGGGCUGAGAGAUGCCCCUAAAAAUCUUUGCGCCUCGGCCAUGAAGAAGAAGAAAGCAAACCUGAAAAGGCCUGACCUUCAGAGGAAGAAGACCCAGAGUAAGCAGCGCCUGGCUGAAAUCUUGCGUUCGGAGUAUGCCAGCGGGAUGGAGACCGGCGGCGCCAAGGUCAGGAAGCAGAACACGCGCGCCGGGCCGGCCAGCGAGCCCCGCGGCGCCGCCCGCACCCCGGGCCCAGCCUCCGAGGGAACAGAUUAAACACACCCCCCCUCCCACCCCAGGCCUCCCGGAGGGACGGGGAGACGUCCCAGAAAGUAUGUUAACCUCUGCCUGCACAGGGUGGGCCCUGGAGUGGGCGUCCUGUUCUCAUCAGGAGCCCUGUGAGAACUGAGGGUGCCACCGCCACCCCCUGCAGACCCCUGUCCCUGCGGGGGCAGGGGUCAACAGAGGGUGGAUUAGCUGAUUACCCUGCCUUGUGUAAGACCCCUCUCAGAUGUAUUCCAUCACUGCCCGUAGAUCACAUGAGCACUUAAUCACUUAAUGUAAAUCCUGACGUCCUGCGGCACCCACCCGGAGGGGAUCCUGCCUGGUGGUGCUGUUCUGAAGAAGUUUCACCGUUCACUUUAAGCUGCCCUCUACACGUAUGUUAGCCUGAAUUUUGUAAAACAGGAUUUUAAAAACUGGAAUUGGUAGAGAAAAGCCUGUCAGAUCCUUUUCUUGAUGUAUACAAAUGCUUUAUUAAAAAGGACCAAAUGA